UCUGUCUCUUUCUGGCUGGGAUUCAAUGAGAAUACACGUUUAAUUACACAGUUCUUGAUUAUUAUAGUUUGCGGAAUCACUCAUCUUGUUCUAUUCACGUUAAUUGUUUAUCAGUUAUUGUUUACUGUUAUUAACCCUUAGUUACUAGCAAUCUCUAAGGAAUAGAGCAAAGAAAUCACUUCAUUGGCGACGAGGAAAAAGAAAAACAAAUUCAAAGAAGAAAUUCGUGUUAAUUUUCAAAAGUUAGGACAUUUCUCAUUGAGUUCAGGAUCUUGCGGCUAGUGUAUUUAGCCGGCAAACGAACUUUGCAAUCUGUGAAAGUGCUGGUGUUCAGGGCUUCUUUGCUCGACAUCUGUGACUUGUGUUCAGGGCUUCCUUGCUCGACAUUUGUGUGCUUGUUAUUGUGGGCUUCCUUGUCCAAUAACUUGACGACAUCCAGGGGACGCAGGCAGAUUCUGGUAGAGAUUGAAGACGGCAGCAUCUCAACAGAAAGACAGGGGCUGGAGGUGAUAAUCAACUGCAGCUUGAUCAAGCCCAUUCCCAAAGAAUGUCUUCACAGAUACAGAGUCUGAAUCCGGGUCUACAAGUACAAGACCAAUGUUCACCUACAGGAGAUAAUGCAUUGAAAUCCUCAUUUCCUCAGUCUGAUAAAGGAAAGAUGCAUUCACUACCUUUGCAGACAUUGCUUGCGCCAUCGUUCAGUAUUAGUCCAACAGUUGAACAGUCAAAGGAUGAAGAAGAUGACUUUCGGGACUCGGACUCAAAUGGCUCUUCAAGUUCAGAAGACAACUUGAACAAAGAUUCAUCCAACAUUCAGUUCCCACAAUCAACAGAGGGUCCAAAGCAAGACACAUAUGCGUGUGGCCUGUCCACUAAGGGUGAUUCCAAAGAAACGGAAACCUUUGAUAAUGAUUGGUGGCAAUCAAAUCCAAGCACGCCUCAACUUAAAGUACAGGAAGCAGACUCCCAGCUGAGCAAGCUGGACUGUUCCAGGAGCCCCAUAGUUGACAGCCCAGUCAGCAUCCCCAACCUCUUGCGUAUGCACCACUUGAUCUUCCUGGCCCUCGAAAACUGCAGGGACUUCUUCACGAGUCCCCCCUUUCUCCUGCCAAAAGGGACGUUUGUGUGGGCCUUCCACGGGGGCAAGUUUCACUGGAACGAGCCCGACAAUUGUGUCCUGCUGCAGGACAUGAAAAAGAAAAGGCAGUUCUAUCUUCACCAGAAUGUUGGCACCACCAAGGACGCUGCAGACUUUGCCAUUGUGCUCAUAGUGGGUAUGAUGCAUGAGCGCCUGCCUAUGGGGAUACCGUUCACAAUCGUGUCUGGGGACAUGCGUUUCCUAGAGGUGGAGUGCCAGAUGAAGACUGAGCAGAAACGAGCCAUCGUUGUGGACCCACAUAUUCGGACUAAAAAUUCUACUUUCAACUUCGAUGACGCUGAUGAUGGAGCAAAGUGGAACAAAGAAGACCCACCAUCAGGAAAAGCCAGACAUGUCGAGCAAUAUCGAGAGGCAGAUGAAAGUGAAGCUUUCAACUUCGAUGACGCUGAUGAUGGAGUAAAGUGGAACAAAGAAGACCCACCAUCAGGAAAAGCCAGACAUGUCGAGCAAUAUCGAGAGGCAGAUGAAAGUGAAGACUUCAUAGAUUUACAGAGUAAAUCCAAGGGAAAAAAGGGUAAUUUUACACCAUCAGACUUGAUGUUACCUGGCUCAAGUCAUAAUGUUGCUUCGACAAGAAGUGAGGAAGCAGACUCCCAGCUGAGCAAGCUGGACUGUUCCAAGAGCCCCAUAGUUGACAGCCCAGUCAGUACCCCCAACCUCUCCCGUAUGCGCCUCUUGAUCUUCCUGGACCUGGACAACUAUAGUUGCUUCUUCACGCAUCCCCCCUUUUCCCUGCCAGAUGAGACGUUUGUGUGGGCCUUCCAAGGGGGCAAGGUUCGAUGGCGACACCCCCGCAAGUGUGUCCUACUGCAGAACAUGAAGCAGAGACAGCAGUUUUAUUUGCAUCAGAGAUGUGGCACAACCAAAGACGCUACAGACUAUGCCAUUGUGCUCAAAGUGGGUAUGAUGCAUGAGCGCCUGCCUAAGGAGAUACCGUUCAAAAUCGUGUCAGGGGACAAGGGUUUCCUAGAGGUGGAGCGCCAGAUAAAGACUGAGCUUCGAACAGUUGACGUUGUGGACCCACAUAAAACGCUAGAGGUGGAGCGCCAGAUGAAGACUGAGCAGUGAACAGUCAACGUUGUUAACCCACAUGUUACACAAAAGGUCCCCCGAGCUGAUGUACAUCCUCAUGAUGAUGAACAGUGUCAUUUAUGUGUAGCAUAGAAUCUUUAUAGCCUAUUUAUAUGUGAUUAUUGUUUAUUAAUAAAACCAUGCUUGUGAUACUUCAUGAUCUGCAUUGACCUUCUGUUUUACAAAAUUAUUGUGCUCCUAUGUUAAGUUAAAAUCUUCUGAUUUCUUGUCUGUUCAUUUGUGUUUGGAUUAUUUUGGUAUCUUCAGUCAUUGUGGUUGUAUGUUUUUAUGCCCCUGGUAGGGUGGCAUAUACAGUUGAGCUGUCUGCCAGUUUGUCCAUCCAUCGGUCUGACAUCUUUAACAUUGCCCAUUACUUUUGCAAUAUUGAUGAUAGCAACUUGAUAUUUGGCAUGCAUGUGUAUCUCAUGGACGUGCACAUUUUGAGUGGUGAAAAGACAAGGUCAAUGUUAUCCUUCUAGGUCAAGGGUAAAAAAAAUAAUUUCAAGCAAUAAAUUUAUGAAAAUUAUGUAAAAAAAAAAAAAAUUUUUAGUCUCUUGUGUAAGUGGUAAAUACCAGCUGCACCAAGAACAUGUAACUAAUGUUCAACAAAACAGGAUUUUAAAUUGUUUACAUAAAUCGUCAAGAAAAUCAACAAUUACCAAACAAAAUUAAACAGUUUUGGUUCUGGUUUACUAUACUGGACCAGAUCUUCUUGGAAAUUCUUUUACAUGCAACUCGCUCUUGUAAUCAUUGACUAUUGUUAGGCCACAGCUAUUGAGAUUGAUAAAGUUUACUGCAUCAAGCUCAUGGAUGGUGGUUUGAUUGUUUUAGAUUUUUUUAAAACUUAAGUUAUCUUUCAAAUUACCUGUUACAAUCAAAUGCUGUUUGUUUUACAAUUCUUAGAAAGUGAGGUUUAUUAAGAAACAGUUGACUGGGCAGUGAUACCAAGAAGAAAUAUGUAAGAAGUAUCUUUAAUUUCCGAAGUUAAAUGCUAUGUGGUUAAUUGCUAUUAUGACCUGUUUUCUUUAUCUUUGAUGGAAGAUUCACAUGUUUGUAGAGGUGCCAAUUUUGGUACCUGGUUUUCAGGAUCUCUAAAUGAAAUGUUCAGUGGUUUCAACAGUUUAUUUAACCCUAAGUGAUGAAUUAUUACGUACUCACAGGGUAAUAAUUCUUGAUUAUUUUACCAGUAAGGGCCUACUUUUUAUGCCCAUCUUCGAAGAAGAGGGGGUAUAUUGCUUUGCUCAUGUCUGUCGGUCGGUCGGUCUGUCCGUCCACCAGGUGGUUGUCAGACGAUAACUCAAGAACGCUUGGGCCUAGGAUCAUGAAACUUCAUAGGUACAUUGACCAUGACUCGCAGAUGACCCCUAUUGAUUUUGAGGUCACAAGGUCAAAGGUCACGGUGACCAGAAAUAGUAAAAUGGUUUUUGAAUGAUAACUCAAGAACGCAUACGCCUAGGAUCAUGAAACUUCAUGGGUAGAUUGAUCAUGACUUGCAGAUGACCCCUAUUGAUUUUGAGGUCAGUAGGUCAAAGGUCAAGGUCACGGUGACCCAAAAUAGUAAAAUGGUUUCCCGAUGAUAACUCAAGAACGCAUACGCCUAGGAUCAUGAAACUUCAUGGGUAGAUUGAUCAUGAUUCGCAGAUGACCCCUAUUGAUUUUGAGGUCACUAGGUCAAAGGUCAAGGUCACGGUGACCUGAAAUAGUAAAAUGGUUUUCAGAUGAUAACUCAAGAACGCAUACGCCUAGGAUCAUGAAACUUCAUAGGUAGAUUGAUCAUGACUUGCAGAUUAACCCUAUUGAUUUUGAGGUCACAAGGUCAAAGGUCAAGGUCACGUUGACCCGAAAUAGUAAAAUGAUUUUCGGAUGAUAAUUCAAGAACGCUUUUGCCUAGGAUCAUGACACUUCAUAGGUACAUUGAUCGUGACCCGCAGAUGACCCCUAUUGAUUUUCAGAUCACUAGGUCAAAGGUCAAGGUCACAGUGACAAAAAUCCUAUUCACACAAUGGCUGCCACUACAACGGACAGCCCGUAUGGGGGGCAUGCAUGUUUUACAAACAGCCCUUGUUUCUAUUUUAUUAACUCCAAUUAUUUAUAUUAAUUGGGUUGCCUCUUUUAGUUUUUCCUUUAAGAAAUUUCAAAACUUCAUUUUAUUUUACAUUAAAGGUUUGCUUGCAUUUAAUAAAGGAAAUUAUAUUUCACAUAACACUAAA